GGGCAUGACGAUUUGCGACCGUUUACAAAAAAAGAUGUUUAGAAAAAAAAAUGGCAAUUUGUUCUACAGAGCUGAAGCUCGUGGCAAAAUGGUCUAUAAUUGUCCUACUCUACCCUAAGGUAGGUAGGUAGGUAACCCUUAACGUCGCAUUUUCCAUGAGCCGCAGCAAAAGUUGGCAGCCAUUGUUGGCCAGGUGGUCUCGUCGUUGUCGUCAACUUUGCCUCCCAACCACAAACAACAGAAAGGAAAUAAAGUUUCUUCAGCUCCGUUUUGGAGUGCUACGUGUGGUAUAUUUAGACCGACCUCUUUUUGUCCUCGUGAUCUGCCUCGUUCGCACUCUAGAAGAAGAAGAAAAAACUUGGGUUGCUAGAAAACACAAAAAAAGUAUCGGCCCCGCCAUUUUGCUGCGUAUCGGCCCCCCGUUUUCCUGGCCGGGAGGCGCAGCUGCGAAAAAUACGCCAUCCAUUGUUCAACGCCACCUUCCGACCUCCCCACACGCCCGUAGUCUCUUAGGCCUACCGAGGCUCAGAUGUCCAGGUAAUCGGUCAAUGUUGUUUGUGGUGAUGCCGGUAAAUAGGGUAGAGUGGUUGUUGGAGGGGCAAUUAUCUGGUAAAGGCCCCAUUGACAACGGCCCCGUUGAGCCCCUCACCUGGCCCCUCUGAGGGUAGCUUUCCUCUAAGAAUAGCUUCGUAUGAGCCUCUUUGCCCACGAAGCAACACCAUCCGCAAGGUUCCGCUUCGGUUAAUUGAGCCGCGGGAGCUGUAAACGUGGAAACCCACGUCUUCCUAAU